AUGGGCCGCCACCCCCCUCCUCGACUCGCUCCAACAAGCCCACCUCCUCCCCUCCCCCGCCAUCCCCGCCGACUUCACCCCCACCUUCGACCUGACGGUCCAAUUCCCCGGCUCCCGCGCCCCCAUCUCCCCCGGCACGCUCGUGCGGGUUCAGCGAAGUGCGCCAAGCGCCCACCGUCACCAUCACCGGCCUUCCCCUCCCCCUCCCCAGGCCCAGCAUGCCCACCACCACCACCCACACCCUGCCAUCUCACCCUCCUGCUCAUCGACCCGGACGCGCCCACGCCCGACGACCCCAAAUUCGCCUACUGGCGGCACUGGGUGGUGACAGGCAUCCCGGCGCCCAGCGCCGGAUCGGAGGGAGGCGGCAUCGAGGGCGGGCGCACGCUGACGGGGUAUUCUGGGGCCGGGCCCCAAGUGACGAGUCCGGGCCGCACCGCUAUCUGUUUCUGUUGUUUGCCGAGCCGGCGGGGUCGGGGCCGUCGGGGGGGGUUGGAGAAGGGGGAUUCUUCUUUCAGUGCCUGGUCCGCUCUUUCCCAAGAGCUCGGCUCGGCUUCCAUCGACUCGGUCUCGGGCUGCGCGGCCGUGGUGUCGACCACCAACGUCUGCAGCACCUGCGUGACGAUGGAGUGCGUCGCACCAGCCACCAUCACCGCCGGCUGCGGCAGCUGCGACGAGACGCCGCCGACCAUCUACCGGUCGUUCCCGUGCGACCAGGGAUGCGAUAACAUUGGGUGCAAGACCGUGUUUUCCGUUGAGACGGCGACCGACGGUGAAUGCGCAUCAGGCGCGAGUCCGACGCCGACUCCAAGUCCGGACCCGAAUCAGUCAACUGGCGGUGGUGGGCCAACUACUUCAGCCAGCACCGCCGGUGCCGCCCGUGCUAUGCCGUUCCGUCUUUGGGAUGAUAGUGCUGACCACGUCAGAAUGACUGAGCCUGAGCCUGGGCCUGGAGCGGGCACGUUUUUGGACGGUUGGAACCUGACGCCGCAGCUCCCGAACAAACUCGCAAUCAAGUCUUUCUUGACUCCGACACAGCCCGAAGGCCGACAACCGCAUGUCCAGUUUCACAAGGCAAACACCGAUGGACACCGCUGGAUUCUCGAAGCAAUCACCAAAACUACAUCUCCCGCGAAGAUGAUAUCUUCUCUUUCUCUCAUCGUCUUGCCCGCCCUCGCCGUCGUGGCGGGUGCGUUCGGCACCAUCAACGACCCAAUUGUGCUCAAACAACACAACGAGCAUGAGAUGAUCACCCGCCUGGCGUUCCAGUGCCCGGAUGAUCAGAAAUCCGACGGAAUCUGCUUUGAGCCCGGCUCGCUCGACCAACUCGCCGGUUAUCACAUCAACGUCCUGGGCAUCGCUCUCACUGGUACGGGCACCAACGGGGCUGUUGGCGCCCCGGACACAUUCGAUCCCUUGCCCGAAGGACCCGAAGCUCAUUGUGACGAUGCCGACUAUCUCGACAUACCUGGCUACCCACAAAGCCGGGCCCAGGCAAACGCAAAGCUCCAAACUUGUGUCGAUCACCUCCGCCAUCGCUUCCGCCAAGCCGUAGGUGCAGCGCGGCGCAUGCUGGACGAGCGAAACCGGGUACGCCGGGAAAUGGUGCAGCUGUAUAGCGGAGAUUGCACCUUUGCGUUUCCGGGAUGGCAGAGUGAUGAUUUUGGUCGGGCCAAAUGCAGUACGCUGGAAGGGCUUGGGCGGGCUUUGCACGGUAUUCAAGACUUUUAUGCCCAUAGCAACUGGGCCGACGAUGCCGAUCCAACGCAGCCUAUCAGCGUGGCCAACCCGCCGGGGCUGGGAAUGAACGGCACUGCUUCAUUUCUCGACUUGCGUGCCAACGGAACCAUCCCGCCAGACCAGAUUCCUCGGAACCUCACAACCGGCGGCCUGGAACUGGGUAUUGCCGUGACCAUCCGUGCCCAGCCAGAAACAUACGACGACCGGGGCGCUAUCGUCCUCUUCGCUACCAGCGCAGAGGAUCCAGAAUCUAUCGAUAACACGUUGGAACAACUCCGGCGGGCCGCAGAGGAGGGCAUACGCGUCCACUACGCAUGCAUCGACAUGCAUACCAACACAGCCGAGGUCAUUCCAGACAAAGCCAAAUGGGCCGGGUGCACCCCUGGCGACUCUCUGGUCCCACCCGUGCUAAAGACCGGCGGCAUCGUGGCUUUCGUCGACGGGCCCGCAGCCCGAUUGCCCGCACAUUUUGCCAACCUCGUCAUGGACAACGGUCUCACAGCCACCGACGAAGAUGAGCAGACCCCCGAACACACCCGCAUCUAUCCCGGCAUAGCCCUUGCCGGGUUCCUUAGCCCCGACCGCCCCACCAAAUCCUUCACCUACCCCCUCUCGGUGGGCGAGAAACUCGAAUUUACCGUCAGCAGCGUCGCCGCGAACGGCCAAGGCACAGAAGCCUGCUUCAGCGUGACGCUGUGGCGCAACUAUCCCGACAAGGAGAUCGCAACGCACACGCGGUGCGGCGACUCCUCCCCCUUAUCCCUGCGCUACGAGGCGACCGAAUCCUUCGACCUGGUCCUCGAGGCCGAGUACAGCGACACGGCGCCCAAGGACGAGUUGCUCGGUCGCGAGGACAUCCUGUUUGUGCUCGGCGUCGACACCAACAUGCCCGAAAAGGACGAGACCACCGUCAGGACGACGACGAGCAUCCGGAGCGCGCGCGCCACUGUCGGCGGGGAGGCGCUUUUGUCUAGUGAGACCGUGGAGGUGGUGUCUGGGACGGCGACGGUGGAUAACAGCACGUCGACGUCGACGUGGACCGAGUCUUACAGGGUUGCUUACGACGACAGCGCUUCGUCGUUUCUCUUCCCGGGUAUUGAAUACUACCCCAUGUGUGCCGUGCCGACCGUCACGGCUACGACGAUGGUCAGCAAUUUGACUGUAGGUCGUGAAGAAGAUGGAAGGUAG